AUGGCCACGCUGGGACUACUUGCAGAGACAAAUAUACGCCCCCGGGCUUAUCAGUUAGAGAUGUUGGAAGAAAGUCUUAAAGGAAACAUCAUCGUUGCUAUGGACACCGGAAGUGGGAAGACUCAAAUAGCCGUACUACGCAUUUCUGCAGAACUUGAAAUCUGUCACGCUUCACAGAUAAUAUGGUUCUUGGCUCCAACCGUUUCACUUUGCGAACAACAAUACAGCGUCCUCUCUCUUCACCUACCAACGGUAGGAAUAAGGCUAUUGUUGGGUCGUGACAAUGUCGACCGAUGGAGCUCGCAGCAUAUCUGGGAUACUGCACUCUCUGGAGCGCGGAUAGUAGUAUCUACGCAUGCAGUUUUGGCUGAUGCGUUAAGUCAUGGAUUCGUAGUCAUGGCAAAGUUGGCACUCUUGAUAUUUGAUGAAGCGCACCACUGUGUCGGUAACCAUCCCGCCAACAAGAUUAUGAAGGGAUACUAUCACCACCGGGGGGCAGAGUUGGGUUUAAAUUCCAGACCCAAGAUUCUAGGCUUGACUGCCAGCCCCAUUGUAAGGUCAAAACCGAAAGAUCUUCGAGUCAUCGAGGUUAAUUUGGAUUCAGUCACCAAGACUCCUCGCAUCAACCGACAGGAGUUGACCCGGCAUGUCCACGUUCCUGAGCUGGUCGAAAUUGUCUACUCUGAAGAUUGUCUUAGCUCCAAAACAAGGUCUUCUAUAUUGGAAUUGCUACUCGACCGUGUCCAAGACGCCGAAAACCAAUGGUCGAAGUACAAACUUUGUCUCCUAUCAGCAGAAGAAAUCGCCGGGCUCUCUACAAGCUCUCUGAGAGUGCGAAAUUGGAGCACUUCCGCACAAGAACAGCUAAAGAGGUUCUCUGCUCGGUCUCGAUAUAUUCAACAAGAACUUGGAGCCUGGGCUUCUGACUACUAUAUUACCGCCACAAUCUCUCGGGCAACAUCAUGUAUGCAUUCACAACAAAAUGCACGCCUCGACUGGAAAGAUGAAGAAAGGAUCCACAUCCUCAAUACGCUAGGGCAAAUUCGAGUUGCCGAGUCCCUAAACCCUCCGUCACUCCAAAAGAUCUCAAAUAAAUGUGACUCUCUCUUUCAAUUCUUGAAAAGUGCUUAUAAAAAGGAUUUCCGUGGCCUUAUAUUUGUCAAGCAGCGAGUGACUGCCAUUGCACUUUGCCAACUUCUCUCACAACACCCCGAAACGAAGGAUCUCUUCAGCAGCGGUACAUUCGUAGGUACCUCGACAAAUCAAAGUAGAAAAACGGAAUUGGCCGAUCUCCUGGAUCAGAAAUGCCAGAAGGAAGUACUAAAGAACUUUCGUGAAGGCAGCAAAAAUAUUAUCAUCGCCACCAGCGCCCUCGAGGAGGGCAUUGACGUAUCAGCAUGCAAUGUAGUCAUCUGUUUCAACAAGCCGCCAAAUUUGAAGUCGUUCAUUCAAAGGCGGGGCAGAGCAAGACAUGAGAAGUCUACAUUCAUGAUCUUGCUAUCUUUGGGUGAUAAUGCAGAUCUGGGAGCAGCCUGGGAGAGAAUGGAGUCUAAGAUGGUUGAGGAGUAUAUGAGAGAGUCACGACAGUUAGAUGAUGAAGAGGGCAGACUUCUUGAUGAGAUCGAGGACGACUCUAUGACUUUGAGAGUUGAAUCGACUGGGGCGAGACUCACUCUAGACGAUGCUGUAGGACAUUUACACCAUUUCUGUGCAACAUUGCCUGUCUAUCGCUACGCUCAUAGCCGCCCAACAUUCACCUACCAAACGGAAUUGACAGGUCGCAUCCGGGGAUUUGUGACACUUCCAAACUCAGUUCAUCCCUCGGUUCGUCAAGCAUCAUCGCUCCGUAGCUGGCAAAAGGAGAAUAUGGCAGCCAAAGAUGCAGCAUUGCAAGCCUAUGUGGCACUGUACAAAGCUGGUUUAUUGAAUGAUAAUCUAUUGCCAUUGAUGCCAGGAGAUGUGUUCGAAGAGACGAAAUCCGCAGAAGAUUUAUCUUCCAUGGUUAAGAUUCAACAACAACACAAUCCGUGGCUUGACAUAGCCAAGAAAAGCGCUACUACCAAAAAAAGAUACCUCAAUCCCGUCAAGGUUCGGGUCGCAAGCGAAGUGGUCCUUUCGACAAAGCUCACCCUUCCGACCCAAAUAUGUUCACUGCCGUGGUCUCCAUUGCCAGAGCAAGGGAUCCGGUGCGAAAUUUGCAUCGAUGACUCAGAAGAGAUUACAGAUCCGGACAAUUUUCAUCUUGGUUCAUGUCAAGCCAGCACAAGAUCAAUGUUACGGCAAGUCCACGGCACUCGUAUCACUGUCUGCCACAAUGGUUUCUUAGUCCAAUUCACACCGCCGAUAACACAAGAUGAGCUUAGAGCAUGGAUUCGGCAAUCUUCGACUGAAAAUUUCGAAGUGCCCCGUGAUGCUGGUCUAGAACGCCACCCCGGGGCACGUUCAACGGUGCCUCUCGUCACCAUCCCUAUAUCUCAGAAAUCAGAAGUGACAAGCGCCACAAAAUGGCUACACAAUCCCAAUCGAUUCGCUAAAUUUGCGCCACACAUAAUUCAUUGUCUAGAAACCCUAUUGUUGGGUGAGGAAAUGGUGGACAGACUCCACCUCAACGUACACUUACGAAGAGUAGACCUGGUUGCACAAGCCCUCUGCUUGCCCUCUGCCAAUGCUCUGUCAAACAAUACUCGUCUUGCCUUUCUCGGCGAUACCGUAUUGGAUUUUCUUGUCACGAGCAAACUAUUUGCUGCACAUGCCACUUGGCACGAGGGGUAUCUUUCUGCUAAGAGAAAGUUAAUCAUCUCAAACGCACAUAUAUCAAAAAUGGCUCUGCAAACCGGACUAGAUAAGUUCAUCAUUACUAAGUCUUGUCAGAAAAGGUCUUCGGAAUCUCCAAAAAGCCCAGACAUCUAUUUUGAUGAUAUUGGAAGAACAAGAUACCUUUCAAGGACGGCAAUAGCGAAUGUUGUUCAGGCUAUAAUCGGCACUGCGUAUCUACAAGGGAAGCUCAAAACAGCUCUCCAGUGUGCCCAGGUCUUCACACCAGAGCUCUUAGAACAUCCUGCGGAUUGUUCUCUAAGGAUGGCCUGCGGUCGACGAGAGUCGGCUGGAGUCCCUCAUUUUGGGCCAUUGGAAAAGUUGUUAGGAUACAAGUUCCACAACACCUCAAUCUUGACAGAAGCAAUGACACAUCCUUCGUGUGAACAAGACCUGACAACCUAUUCAUAUGGAAGAUUAGCAGUCCUUGGCAGCAGUGUUCUGAGUAUGACUAUUGUUCAAUCUUUAUAUCCCGGGACCGAAAUGAUUUCAAGCAACCAGCAACAACUUCUCCGGGCCGCUACCAUCAACAAGGGGUUUUUGGCUUUUAUCUGUAUCGACACUUCUUUAGAUCUGGAUUUUUACGAUAUCCAGGAAUCUGGCCCAAGUCGAUUUUGUGAAGUACGGCGCCAAAAAAAAAACCCUUUAUGGAGUUUUAUGAGGCUUGGUCACUUUGAAAUCGCGCCCGACAGAGCGGAAUUCCUCCAAAAGCAUACCGAAACCUGUCAAGGCAUUCGACUUACACUAGCCUCGGGUAUGACCUACCCUUGGCAAGACCUUGCAAAUCUGGAGGCCAACGCAUAUUUCUCCGACAUCGUGCGAAGCUUAUUUGGCGCGGUGUAUGCUGACAGCAAUGGAGAUGUACUCCAAUGUUCUCUGCUCGCUGAGAAACUCAAAAUACUCCCUAUUAUGCGUCGAUUAUUGCACGAUAAUGUGGACGUCAUGCACCCAAAAAACCGGUUGGGGGAAAUGGUUGGCGAUCUGAGCGUAACUUACAGAACAGAUUCAACACCAGCAAACAAUUAUCGUUGCACAGUUCGAGUAAACGGAAAACAAAUUGGAGACCCUCAAACAGCCCCUUGUAAACAAGGAGCUACGAUCAGAGCCGCAGAGCAAGCUCUUAGGAUUCUAAGGAGUAACCUGGAGACUUCACCUAUUAGUUCUUACAUGGAAUAG